AUGUCUGCUGACACUAUAUUUCAAUCGCUCGAGAAGGACUUCCUUCUCUCCAAAGACCAGCUCAAACCUAUUGUUGAUGGGUUCAAUUUAGAGUACCAAACUGGUUUGAAAACGCCCUCAAAAGGUUUAGCUACCAUGAUUCCCUCUUUUGUUACAAAAAUGCCAACUGGUGACGAGACCGGAACUUUUCUAUCCUUGGAUCUGGGAGGUACCAACUUGCGUAUCGCUGCCGUCGAACUGAAAGGUGCUGGUAAAUCUGUUGUUCAUGAGCUCAAGCGUCGUCCUAGCCCUGAAUUGAAGACUGGCGAGGGCUCCGUUUUCUUUGAUUGGAUUGCUGAUGCCAUUCAUGACCUUGUUACUGUGGAUGCUAAGCAUCUCUUUUCCGAACCUCAGAUUGCUGGCAAAGAGACGCUUGCUUUAGGUGUUUGCUGGAGUUUCCCUGUAGACCAAACUGCUGUCGAUCGAGGUACUAUUCUCAGAAUGGGUAAGGGAUUCACUCUUCAGAACACGGAGGGAAAGGAUCUUGCUGAUAUGUUCCAUGAUGCUUUCAAGCGCAAGAACUUGAAUGUCAAGGUGACUGCCAUCCUCAACGAUACAGUUGGCACUCUGGUUGCUCAUGGCUAUACAAAUCCUGCUUGUCGCAUUGGUCUCAUCUUUGCUACCGGUAUCAAUGCUGCUUACCCUGAGAAAGUGCCCCUCAUCACCAAGCUCGAUGAAAGUAUCCGCAGUAAAUACUCCGAGAAUACGGAAAUGUUGAUCAACACCGAGAUUGAUAUUUUUGGAACCGAGGCUUACUUACCAUUGACCAAAUAUGAUCUGGAAUUGGACAAUUCUCACAAUCAACCCAAGUUCCAACUAUACGAAAAAAUGCUUUCUGGUGCCUACAUGGGUGAAUUAACUCGUCUGAUCGCUAUGGAUUUCAUCAGGGCUGGUGUAUUGUUUGAAGGACAUGUGCCUGAAGGUUUUGGUGAGGCCUGGGCCUUCCCCACCAUGUACAUGAGCACUUUGGAGAACGAUGACAAGGUGGAUCACAAGGCCAGCCUUGAACUCUUGAGUAACUUCAACUGCGUGAAUACCCCCACUUUGAAUGAUAUUGCCAUCCUGACUCGCAUCUGUCGCAUUGUCUCUACUCGCUCUGCCUCGUUGGCUGCUGUCUCCAUCAUCUCGUUGAUUGAUCAACAAAAACUGCUUGAAGCUGAUCGUGAUGAUAUUGUCGUUGGUAUCAAUGGCUCUACUUACGAAUUCUAUCCCCAUAUGAAUUUGCGUGUCCGUCGUGCUUUAGAUGAAUGGUAUGGCAAGGAGACCAGUAGCAAGAUCACUCUCGAAGUUGCUUCUGAAGGUGGCAGUGUAGGCGGUGCCUUGAUUGCCAUGUUGUGCAAGUAA